UGCUGUGGCAAACAGCUUGAUUUGAGCACGGCCACUCUCGAGGGCAUUGCUGUCCUGAACAUUCCCAGUAUGCACGGUGGCUCCAACCUCUGGGGGGAGUCCAGGAAACCAGAGGGGGGCUCGAACCAGGGGCCAACCCCAGAAGUCAUCAUGGACCCAGAGCUCCUCAAAACUGUUUCUCAAGACAUGAGCGACAGGCGCCUGGAGGUGGUGGGUCUGGGAGGGGCCAUAGAGAUGGGACAGAUCUACACUGGACUGAAGUCUGCAGGACAAAGACUGGCUCAGACUUCUCAGAUCACCAUCAGGACAAUCAAAGCACUGCCAAUGCAAAUUGAUGGAGAACCCUGGAUGCAACCUCCAUGUACUAUCUAUAUAACUCACAAGAACCAGGCAAACAUGCUGAUGGCUGCACCGACCAAACCUUCUGGCUUCUUCCACCUCAAAUAAAAGAAACUCAAAAUAGCACUCUUCUUUGGCUGCAAUAAAAAUGUAAAUGUUUGCUAAAGUUAACUUAACCGAUCUGUGUUACUAUGACGAUAUAUAUUAUAAUUAAGAGCAACUGUGACUUAAAGCUGGUGUACCUGAUUUUCAAGUGGAGAAAGUAGUAGGUAGUUUUAAAAGGCCUUACACUCUUUUCUAAUCUAUGUUAUAAUGUUAUUUCUGCAACAAAAACAGACCCAGAGUUGUGUUUUGUUUCAUUCACACAUGUUGAACAUAUAAACUCUGCAUAAUUAGGCUGCGUCCUUCUCUCAAACUGAAAACACUCCACCUUGUGAUGUCAUGUGGUAAUACAGGAAAAGCUACACUAUGUUUUUAAAACUCCUUCAUUAGAAUAAUUUGGAUGAUUUCAGCCCUGCAGUUGCCAUUCUCUACUGAACUAAAGGUAAAAGGAGAACUUGAAAACAAAUGUGUGAAUGAAACAAAACCCAACUCCAGGUAUGUUUUUGAUGAGGUAACAACAUUAUAACAUGGCUUAAAUCUCACAAGAGUCAAUUUUGUGUGAUCUAGGACCUUUAACUGAUACUCUAAUUCUGUAACACCUGUCAAUGAUGCCCAUCUGAACUCGGGGAGAUUCACCGGUGACCAGACUCACAUCUUCAUGAAGUAUUGGAGAGGUGAGUAUUCUGGAUCCCAGGCAAGCUUUUACUGUGUCAUAAAAACAGUACCAAGUCGAGUACCCCAGCUUUAAGACCAAAAAUGUGAUUUUCACAAUGAAUAUUCCUACAAUUUUGGUGCCAACAUUAUAGCAGUAAAAAUGUAAAGAGUAACAUCUAAAAAAAAUUUAGUUAAGCUGGUAGCUAAUGGAGGUUAUUUAAAUGCAAUCAAUUAAAGUUUUAUAGUAAGUGGAUGUCUUAAGUUUGUCUCAGCUUCGCUUUAAUCUCUUAUGUUUGUGCUUUGGUGGCUUUCAGUAGAUAUUAGGGUUGUCAAAAGUGUUGAAAAUCAGACUAAUCAAUACUAAAAUUAUUACGAAAAUCAGAUUGUAUUGUCUAAAGAAAGAUUAUUUUUAAUGAUUGUGUUAUCAGAAUCUGUAUUGAGUAUUGAAUCUAUUCCUUAGUAUUGAAAUUGAGUUUGAAAUGUUAGUAUUGUGACAACUCUAGUAGAUAUUUGGUUUAAAUGUCCCUAAAGGCCUAAACUAUAAUCAUAAAUGGAAAGUGUUUUGUGUUCUCCUCAAGAAUAUAGCUGUAGCUUUAUCUCGUCCCUCGUUUAAAGCUAGUCCCACCUUGUGAUGUCAUUACUUUCUGCACCGAAACUGCCUCCCAACAUUAAAGCACUUAGCAGCUAUUGUUUUUAGCUUUAUUUUAACUUGCUUCACUCCUCAGAACACAUCCAGCGACUGGCCCCUUGCUCCCUCUGUUGGCAAGUGCUUUCCCUAGACACACAUUAUUUUAAAGAUGCAUUAUGUAGCAUUUCUGGUAGUGGAUAUUUUAGUUUUGCCUAGAUAAAAUGUUACACGGUAUGGCAUUAAACUGUUCUGUUUCUAUGGAGCCAAGCAGGUCAUGCUACAGGUCAUGUCUGUGGAGAGGCGAGCCCACUUGCAAUUUGAAUACAUGUUUUUCAAAGCAUUUUCAAGGAAUAAAACACCUGCAGUUUAAUCAACUCCAGACAGAUAAGUUAAAUGCCAUACUGUGGAAUAUUCCAGUCAAUGCAAUAACAUAUCCAUGGAGACCAGAAGAUGAAUUACACAGUGCAUCUUUAAUAAUGUGAAACACUCGGCUAACGUGGCCAAAAGUAGUAUAUCAGUACUGUUAGUAUUAGUACUAGUAUAAUUACAUUUAGGGCCUCCAUCACUAUGUACCUCUUUGUAACUUCUGUCUUUUUUAUGUAUAUUUCCUCUAAAUGUUUUUUUUUUAAACUGUUACAAAGUCUUGAAUUUUCGGAUGGUGCCAGUCUGCAAAAUGCACAUUGUAUAAGCUAGUAAGAUUUAUAACAAUGGAAACAAUAGUGGAAAGUGAAUUAGUUGUGGAUCAGCUGAGAUUGAGAAAAGUGUUUUGUUAGUUCACUGUUCUGCUGUAUGUCUGUGAUGUGGUCUGAUUAUCCAAUAAAAUCAAGUUUGUCAUGUUUUAAAGAAGA